GUGAGCUUCUUGCCCAUUUUAGUCGAUGGCUGUCAGCAGGCUGGAAUGUGCGACUCGCACUGUGCAGCCCCCUGCUCUCCUGCACUAACACACUCACACAGCGCCUUCUGUCCUAUUUCAACCACCAGAGAAUUAUUAAUAUACUUUCUUUCAACUGAGUACGAAGACGCUUAUUGCAGUUCAGAAUGUCCGUCAUGCCAGAUUUAGCCAGUUAUGGUAACUCGGAGAUGGCAGAAAAUGUUACAUCCUGUCAGGAGUGGGAGAAAGCUCAUCAUCUACUAUUCCAUCUGGGCAACCUGAGUUUAGUUGUGGGCCUGCUCAUUCCCACCACUGUGGGCCUGCACAUGAUCUUCCUCAGACUUCUACUGAUGACAGGUUGUUGCUUGUUUAUAACCUGGGCUGCUCUGUACAGGUGCACACUAGAUGUGAUGGUUUGGAAUGCCGUCUUUCUCCUAGUCAACUUCAUGCAUUUAUUCUACUUGUUGUACAAACGCAGACCUAUUAAGAUCGACCGGGAGCUGAGAUCAGUGUAUAAGCGGAUGUUUGAACCCCUGCAUGUACGUGAAGCUUUGUUCCAGAGGCUGACUGGCCAGUUCUGCACCAUCCAGACCCUUAAGAAAGGCCAGGUGUAUGCUGCUGAGGAUAAGACCUCAGUGGAUGAGCGCCUCAGCAUUCUCCUCAAGGGGAAAAUGAAGGUGUCAUAUCGUGGGCAUUUUCUUCACAACAUUUACACCAAUGCCUUUAUUGACUCUCCUGAGUUCAGAUCAACACAGCUGAACAGGGGAGAAAAGUUCCAGGUGACAAUCACAGCUGAGGAAAAUUGCAAAUACCUGUGCUGGUCUAGAGAAAGGCUGACUUAUUUUCUGGAGUCUGACUCAUUUCUGAAUGAGGUGUUCAGGUACCUUAUUGGCAAGGACAUUACUAACAAGCUGUACUCCCUGAAUGACCCCACUCUUAGUGACAAGGCAGUAAAGAAGAUGGAGAGGCAGCCAAGUUUGUGCUCCCAGCUCUCUAUGAUGCAGAUGAGAAACAGCAUGGCCAGCACCAGUGACACAGAUGACGUGCUUAAUCAGAUUCUGAGAGGCGGAUCAGAAAAAAAUCCACUUGGCAAGGCCACCACAACUAUGAAACCAAUUGAAGAAGCCAUGGAAGAUGAUGUUUUUGAAGCAUCAGCUAAUGACUCCCAAAACAACCCAGAAGAGGUGUAGGAUGAUAUAGCAGGUGAUUUGCAGUCUCAACUGAAUCUUUUACUGCAGCCUCAACUUGUUCGACCACUCUGUGAAGAUGAUGCAGACCGUUACGGAUCAGAAAUUACAUCUGGGGCUAGGUUACUAUCCUACACAUUCUCUAUGUAAUAUACAUUAUAGACAGCAUGCCCAAGCAGAGAUUCAUUUCUUGAAAGCACAGCUGCAUCUUAUCUCAGGUUGUGCUUGCUCUGGAAUGGCUUGACAAAUUCAUUGUGUUUCCACUGAGAGCAAGAGGCACAUAAGUGUGUGUGUGUGUGUGUGUGUGUGUGUGUGUGUGUGUGUGUGUGUGUGUGUGU